AUGUCGCAAGAACAUGAGAUUCCCAACGGUGUCUACGUCUCAGUCAAAGCCAACUGGGAGCCUGAUAUCAAACACCGCGAAGACGUAGACGACCGAGUCGCUCCAUGCAUCCUAGAAGCUGACGACGAUGGGAGGAUCCGGCCCGGCGAGAUUGAGGACUUACUCUGCUGCUCUACCACUCGCGUUGUCGCCUCAUUCUUCGACCGCGAUCCCGCCAUCUACGAUUGGCACCACAUCGCACUGGCCAGCAACGAUGGUACCGGUCCCGUCAACGAGAUUGUGUCCGCACUCCUUGGCAAAGGGAAGGACCCUGUCCGCGGGCCAGUCGUCGUUCUCAAGGACGCGCCUUGGCGUCAUUGGGCACGACUCGAUAAAGGCGUUGACGGGCCUAAGGUCGUCCAGACUCUAUGGUACUAUAUGCGAAGCGGGGUUAACGUGGAAGAAGAAUUCGGUACGCGCACCUUGAUCAGGCUCUUAGCGGAGAAGGACGAUUAG